CAGUCCCUCUCUCUGGAUUGAGGGCUGAAGGUAAGCCCAGCCCUGGCAGGGCCAGUCUGUGUGCCCAGGGGCACCUGGCUUCUCUCUCAGAGCCUCUGUAGCCUCGCCUGUGCCACAGCACCAAGAGUACCUCUCUCAUCAAAUGCAAGGAUCACAAGAGGCAGUUUUCCUGCCUGGCACACAGUACAUAGCCAGGAAAACGGAAGUCCACACACAGACCUGUGUAAGCGUGUUCACAACGGCCAAAAGAUGGAAACAACCCAAGUGUCCAUCAGCAGAUGAACAGAUAAACACAUGGUCUCUUCACACCCUGGAACAUUACUCAACCCUGAAAAUGAGUGAAGCAGAGACACUCUCACUACAACACGGGUGGACUUUGGAACCAUGAUGUUCAAAGCUGCAGCUCCUUUCGGAUCACACCAAGUCGCUCGCGGGCGCGGCCUCUUUAAGAGGGGGCGUGACCUCAUGACGAGCGGGGGGGCCGGAGGAGGAGGAGACCGGAAGUUCGCCUCAGGACUUGGAGGGCGGGGCCACCCUCCGACCGGAAGCAGAACUGUCUGUGCUGAGCCGCUCUCAGCUCCGGUGCGUGCCCAGGUGAGGAGAGGGAUGGGCUCGAAGGCCAAGAAGCGCGUGGUGCUGCCCACUCGCCCGGCGCCCCCCACGACGGAGCAGAUCCUGGAGGACGUGCGGGGGGCGCCCGCCGAGGACCCAGUCUUCACUGCCCUGGCCCCGGAAGACUCCCCAGGCUCCUCCCGGAGGGCUGAGAAUCCUGAGGCCCAGCGGGAGCAGCUCUACCAGCAGAGCCGGGCCUAUGUGGCCACCAACCAGCGGCUGAGACAAGCAGGUGAUGAGCUAAGACGAAGGUGUGAGGACCUUUGGCAAGCUGGCCAGGAGCUGGAGCAGGACGUCGUCCAGGUGAAGCAGGUGGCACUGUCAGGGGCCUCAACCACCUUCUUAGGCUGAACUGACCCUUGGGCUCGCCUGAGCAUGCAGUCCCUGGAUAGUGCACCCCAUGGCCUCCUGUCACAUCGACAUGGGCCCCUGGGUCCCAGAAGCAGAUUCUGGCCUCUCUGUUUCAUGGCUAAGCCUGCCUUGGUAUCCGGAGACCCCAGGGGACAGAGUCUGCCCGGUGUGUGGUUGCAGCAGGAACAGUGGAGAGUGAGGGGCACACCUGCCUCAGCCGGGCACAGGCCCGUUACCGAGGGUCAGGACAGGCUUUGUGUGUGCCACUCACCCCCAGGCUUCUCUUCUGGGGCCUGAUUGCUGCCAGCCUGGACUUGGUUUGGGGCUUCAGGACCCAUCCUCCUUUCCCUUCCUUUGGUAACCCUGCUUCACUGAUCACCCAUUAAACUGAGCCUGUCUCUAUAUGAACUGCAGGGCCCCAAGGAUUCCAGAAGACAAUGGGAGUUCUGUCCUUUCUCAUUUUGGUGGCUGUGGCCACGUGAGGAGAGAUUGCCCAGUAGGGCCCAGCUCUGAGAUGGGGCCUCCAGUGGCGCUGAGCACCUCAAUCUAAGGCAUGGGCCCUAGGCUAGCACUUGUGCGACCGGUUCAUGAUUGGGGUGCAGGACCAACCUGAUGGCUGUGGAAUCCAUCAGAUGGGAUGCUGGCCUGGGCUCCCAAGAUAGGACAGGCUGGUCAGUUAUUACUUGCCUGGAGCCCUCAUCCAGCCACCUCCGUCCUGACAGACCAAGCUGUCAUGGGUGUCCCCAAUAAGUCCCUCAGAUGAAAUCCCCACUGCCACCAGCCUUCUGGACAGUACCUCUGUGGGCCACUCUUUUCCAGGUUUCCCCAUGAGCUUAGGGAAGCAUGGACAAACAAGGCAAGUUCUUGACACGGGUGACCCAGCAUCUCUUUCUUCUGCCCCUGCUUAAACCUGAAAGAUCCAUGAAACCCUUGGGGGCACAGGCAUUCAGAACAUGCUAGCAUGGCUCAAGCUACACUGUCCAGCACCCCCUGGCCUACCUGCUAAUGUCUCAAAGUGUCCUGCUGCCCUGGGCUGGGAGGUCACCCCUCCCUGCAUAUCCCUGGCCUUCAGGUUGGGUCACCUGAGUCUGAGUCUAGGGGCUCCAGAGCCCUCCCUCAUGCCAGGAUCACAGUGAGACAUUCCAGCUACCUUCUAUGCGUCCACCUGUCCUGAGUGCUCUUCUUGCACAAAUCCCACAGCCUGAUCUGCCUCUAGCACAUGGACCCAGGGCGGGCAGUCUGGAUGGAAAACCCACAAAGUACUCCAGCCCCACCCACCCAGUCCUCACCCACUUGAAAAUAGCUGUGGAGAGCAAGAUUCAACAGCUGCAUUUAUUAAAGGUGCACAUAAGA